GGUUCGCACAGCUGGGCUCCGUCCUUCCUUCAUUUCACCACUAAAUACGAGAGAAAACAUUAUAUUCUCAUUUUUAUUUUUUCACCUCUCUUCCCCUUGUGGACCCUUCCCGUUUCUCUUCUUCCACACAAUUGUUCGUUCAUUCCUCUCGCUACUCCGUGGAGCUGUGGUAAACGACCCACCACCGCCUUCCUCUCCCGCUCCUUUGCCAACAUCUCGACCACCCACCUUUCCCUUCUCCCCUACCGUGCCCAUACAUUCCUCUUCCCCCUCCAUUCCUUGCCACCGCCCUCCCUUCGUUUCUUUCCUACAUCUACUGUACAGUACUUUCUUUUCUUGCAACUCCCGUCAUACGUUCUUUACUCUCCUAACUCCCUUCCCCUUCAUCCCCUUUUUCUCUUAUCAAAAAUGCAUACAAGCACCUCCUACUCCCCUAGUACGGGAGUACCAACAAACCCCUCCCGAUUUGCACCUCCUCGACGUUCGCUAUCGUUCAUGAGGACGUCUUCGGUGCUGCCCGAUAUUUCAGAGCAUUCACCUGCACCUCCGCGUUCACCUUCCCCGAACCACUUGCGACUCCCUCCGUCGGUACGUUCGGUUUCUGUUGCCUCGUUUCUCUCGGACGGCACGAUAGAGAUAGAAGGUUUCGGCUUCGACAAUUCUUCGGAGAUCGGUGAUGAUACGAGUAUUUACGGGGAAAGCAUGUAUGAGGGGAGUGUCUACGAAGGGGAGGAUAGAUCCGACCUAUCGUGGAAAGCCGAGAGGAUUUUGGCCAAUGCGAAGAAAAAGUUGGAUUUGUGCGGACAGAAUAUUUCCCGUGCCAGAUCUUCGCUCAUACUUUCCCCGUCCACUACGCCCACUAGCUUUACAGAGCAACUAGAAUCAGUCGCCGUGCUACCGAAACAAUUGCCGAGUUUGCAUUCACAGAGGUUCAAGUUUAACAACAACAAUAGCUCAUCACAUGGUAGGGCCGCAAGUGAAAGCGCAGUCCCUAGGUCGUAUUCUUCACAUAAUUCUGCGAAUGGGAGGAGUAAUGGUAGGAGUGGUGAUGGAUUGGGAUUGAGGACAAUCGAGGACGUGAAUGAACAUUUAUCCGAGAUUGAAAGGCCGCAGUCGGAAAUGUCGAGGUCGAAGAGCACCCAGCAGAUGAGGGUGUUGAGAGAUCAGAUGAAGGACCUGAGAGGGAAAAUUACUUCACUACAACAACAAACUCGCUCGGACUCAAUGAAGCGGCGGAGCAUUAGUAGCCUUAGGUCUACGCCGAACCCCUACGAGUCACAUGAUAGCGUCACUCCAACCCUAGACAAUAUUAAGCAGGAGAGGGCACAUAGGGGGAAUGAGAAUUGGCGAACAAUUGAUCACGAAGAUGACAUACCGGAUGACUAUUCUAGCAGAAGUGGGACUCCCCGUCCAAGACCCUUUCGCAACUCAGCAUCGCCAUUUGAAGAACGACAUGAAGACAGGGAAGAUGCGUUUUCAUAUGAUGCCUUGUUCUAUGGGAACGGGGUAUAUGCCGGAAGCAACGGCACUAUAACAAGGCCCAUGUCGUACAGUAGCGAUGGAACAAACUCAACCACAACAGCCGUAAUGGAACCCCUCAAAGCUUCUCCGUCGCCCCCUUCGACAAUGAAGAGGAGCGAUAGCCACGGUUCGAUCGAAUCCUUCGAAACAGCAGCCGAAGUCCCAUCCCCCGUGCCACGACGCCCGACUGAACCAAGUCUGCCUGUCAUGGCUUCAGAAUGGUUAACCCCGACAGCCUCUUCACCCCGCGACGAUGGCUAUCAUAGUGCACCACAUACACCCCGCUCUCCAUACUCUACCAACGUAGCCUUCUCGAAAGCGAAGCCCCCGGUGAUAACAAACUCACUAAGCGGCUCCUCGAUAUACCUUCCACCCCCAGAGACUCAAAAAUCCCAGAAACGCAAAUCCUCCAUCGCGAUCGGCGCUUCAGAAUCAAUCGAUUCGGUGCUGGUCACCAAUGCAGACAAUGUCAGUGAGAUUGAGCUGAAACUCGGCGAGGGGGAUAGGGACCUGAUAGAGCGGAUGAUAGAAGGCCUUGGAAGUUUCUGCUGCAAAAUGGAAAUGGAACGUCGUGAAGACAUGCGGGAGGAAUACAGGCGCCGGCUCGAGUGCGCACUCCGAGUACUACAAGGAGUGGAAGUAUACGAUGACGAAGAUGACGAAACCUUUUGA